CGUAAAGCCGUGCAGCGUCGCACCGUGGACUACACCGCCACCACCGUGCGGUACGUCGAGGAGCGCGUGUACGCGAAAGAUCCGUGGAAUUCUUCGCAUCCGCGCCCUCUCCCCGGCGCGCUGCUCGAUUUCAUGCCUCCCGUGGCGUACCCACACCUCCCCGCGACGUCGUUCGCCACGAAGUUCGUGCACGUGAGCAGUAAUAAAAUCAGAACGAGCGUGAACAAGGUGAUGUUCAUGCCGGAUGGACGACGGUUGUUGACGUGCUCGCAAAACGGAGAGUUUACGCUGUGGAACGGGAUGUCGUUUAAUUUCGAAACCAUUCUACAAGCGCACAACGGACCGAUUCGAUGCGCGGAGUUUAGUAACAAUGAUAAUUGGCUCCUCACCGGGGACGACGAAGGGAACGUGAAGUACUUUCAGACGACGUUUAAUAACUUGCGUUCGUUUCAAGUGCACAAAGAACCGGUGACGUCGAUUUCGUUCGCGAGGUCGGAUUUGAAGUUUGCGACGGGAAGUGACGAUGCGUCGGUGAAGAUUGUAGAUUUCGCGCGCGCAGAGACGGAGCACACGCUGAGCGGGCACUCUGGGGACGUGAAGACUGUGGAGUGGCAUCCGUAUUUGGGUCUCGUGGCGUCGGGAGGAAAGGAUGGAGCGUUGAAGAUGUGGGACCCUAAGAGCGGGCACUGCGCCACGACGUUAUACGGGCAUAAGAACGCAAUAACAUGCUCGAAAUGGAACAAGAAUGGGAACUGGUUGGUGACGGGGUCGAAGGACCAGACGCUCAAGGUUUGGGAUUUGCGAAUGUUGAAGGAAAUCGGUACCUACAGAGGUCACGGAAAGGAUGUCACGGAAGUUGUCUGGCAUCCCACGCACGAGGCCAUGUUCACCUCGGGUGCGUUCGAUGGUUCCAUCAACUACUGGCUCGUGGGCGCUGGUGAAGCGCCUCACGCGGAAAUCAAGGGUGGCCACGAAGCUUCAAUUUUGAGCCUGGCGUGGCACCCGGCUGGACACAUUCUCGUGAGCGGAUCACAAGACAACACCACAAAGUUUUGGUGCCGCAACCGCCCGGGCGAGGUCGCGCGCGAU